CUUCCUCCUACAAACAUGUAUCGAACCAAACGACUAUAACUCAGAAUAGUUAAUAGAAUUCUUAAACCAAAACUUGCCCAAACAAAGGUAUCAAAUCUAGUGGAGUCAAUCAUCUAAGAAAUAGAUAUCAAAGAAAUACAAUGGCGGAAGUCGCAGCUGGGUUAUUGGCAGCAGAACAAGCCAUCUCCGCGAGCAUCUAUACCGGAGCGGCUGCUUAUGCCGUUGCAAGACCAACUAUGCCUCUGAAGGCAACAUUUUCACGGUUUGGAUCUGCAUCAGAUGAUGGUAUUUCAAGGUCUUCACUCACCAGAUCUCAUCAUACACUCACCGUAGUGGGUAACAAAGCUUAUAUUUUCGGAGGCCAGAUGAGCCAAGGAGAACUUGCCAUUAAUUGUAUCCACUACAUAGCACUGCCGAAAGCCAGUACUGCUGUAGCUGAGUUUCAGGUACUGCCGGCCAUUUCUUCGAAGAAAGGCGGGCUUGUGCCAAAGCCAAGGACCAAGCAUUCUGCUUGCGCGUUGAAUAACCGCGUCGCUAUCUAUGGGGGUUGCGAUGAAGCUGGAAAUGUCUUAGAUGAAGGCCCUAUAAUUUGGUUAUUCGAUGUCGAGAGACUCACAUGGAGUACUCUUAAAUCUUCUAACCAUCCGGAGAGAACACCGCCCCCAAGAAGCGAAGCACGUUUGCUCGCGCACGAUGGCAACCUCAUCCUCGUCGGUGGGAUAAAUUCGAGUGGCGAAGCUCUAGCGGAUGUUUGGCAUUAUAAUUGCUCUACGGAAAUUUGGAAUCAGCUGCCGCACACCCCGGCCGUCGUCACGAGUGCAGCAAUUUCGGGAGACACAUUAUACGCAAUCUCUAACUCUGAUACGCUUGGUAGUGAAGUACAUUACCUAGAAAUCCAACCCUGCACCGAACCAGCUUCAACCUGGCGGACUAUCUCAUUUCCCAUGAACCCUUUAAGACCGGGACCUAGGCCGAGGUCGCAUGGUGGAUUGAUCCCCAUCACGACGGGGUACGGUCGGAACUAUCUCCUCUACUUCUUCGGCGAUCGUAAAGGAGAAGCAGAGAAAAGAGAUCUACUGCAGUGGAGCGAUCUCUGGACCUUCCAACUUCCAUCUAGUGAUUUAGAAGCCAAAGCGACUACCCCCGUGAAGGAGGCAAUCAAGCCGGCUAAGAUCAAAGAUCAGAUACGCUCAAAACUCGGUGCCGAUACGGGCGCGUCUAGCUGGACUGAAGUUGAAGUACAGCCCCCCGGUGACCUUAAGGCACAUGAGGGUAAGGUACAUCCUGGUCCGCGAAGUUCGUUCGGAUACGAUAUAACAGCUGAUGGACGGAGUGUCGUACUAUGGGGUGGUUGUAAUGCAACCGGAGGGUCGGAGGGUGACGGAUGGAUUAUUGAAUUCUCAUAGAGCUGCCGUUCCGUGACACGACAGGUCUCUAUUGUCGGAGAUCUAAUCAAAAUAAGGAAAGCCAGAUAGGG